UUGUAUCAAAGUGAAAAUACGUGCCUCGAACUCUUUACUGUUGCCAGGGCGUCAAUGGCGGAACUCCGCGGCAGAAGUUAAUAUGACACAAGACAGGAUCGCAUAAGAGGUCAGCAAGGAUGUCAAUAGAGGCAGAGGCGUUGCUGCAGGAGGCGAAGGAGAGCAUUGAAGCAGCCCAAAACUACAGGAGCGAGCUACAACAGAGACUGCACGGACUCAGCCAGGCACGCAAACAGGUGCGCGGCAGUGCCAGUCAGACGCGCGAGGCUCUGCAGCGGCACUUUCAGGAGCUACAGACGGCAGUGAGUCGACUGCUGACCGAGAGGCUGAGUGCUCUGCUGCAAGAGGUGGACAGCAUCGAGCUGGACAGUGUCAGUCCCUUAGAUGACUGUCAGAAGCUGAUUGAGCAUGGAGUCAGCACAGCUGAUGAGCUGCUUCGAGAGGGGGAGGCUGCCAUCCGCUGUGGCAUAAAUGAGAAGGAGGACAAGCUGGGCAGCUUCACUAAGAAAGCCCUGCAGAUCCAGUUGGACAGUCUGCCCGAGGUGCCUGCGCUGGUGGACGUGCCGUGUCUGUCUGCGCAGCUGGACGACUCUUUGCUGCAUAUGUUCCGUACACACGUGGCUCGGCACGGCAGCGUGGCCUCUCAUCCGCCCGUCCAGAUUGAGGAGCUGGUGGAGAGACCCGGUGGUGUGCUGGUGCGCUGGUGCAAGGUGGACGAUGACUUCUCCCCGCAGGAUUACCGGUUGCAGUACCGUCGUGGUAACUCUUCUCAGUAUGAGGACGCGUACAUUGGAAGAGACACCGAGUUCCUGGUGCUCCAGCUUGACCCGCACAUUGACCACCUGUUUCGUGUGUGUGCCAGAGGAGAGGGCCGAACCGAAUGGAGCCCGUGGAGCAUCCCGCAGACCGGCUACACCACACUCGCACCCCACGAAUGGCUUCCAGGCGUGGAUGGGUACAUUUUAAGCAGUAGGAAGAACAUCGCCAUGCGCAAUGACUCAUCGCCUGGUCACGGGGGUGUCCUGUACUCCAACUCCCCCUCGUACUUCUGUGGGCAGACCCUCACCUUCAAGAUCACAGCUGCUGGACAGACAGAUAAGCGUGACGGUUUGGGUGUAUGUGCGGACAGCAGGACUGCCACAGACUCACUGCAGAGGGAUCAGGCGGUCUGCAUCUCCACUAAUGGUGCUGUGUUUGUGAAUGGAAAGGAGAUGACCAACCAGCUUCCAGCCAUCACUGUUGGCUCUUCUGUGACCUUUGACAUGGAAGUAGUCAACCUCUUUCCUGUGAGCAACAAUAACAACCCCAGCGAUGGUGGCAACUUCAAGCUGAGGGUGACGAUUGGCUCAGGGAACAGGGAAGUGGUGUUUGAUUGGCUGCUGGAUCAGGUGGUGGACAGCCUUUUCUUUGGCUGCUCCUUCACGCACCCUGGAUGGAAAGUGCUGGUGUUUUGAUUGUUGCAUGAUGAAAGAUGAUCCAGUCUGAUGGAAUCCAAGACCUCUAGUUUUAUUUAAAUGUUAUCAAACAUCCCAAGUGCUUACAGUGUUCAGAAGUCACUUUUACCCUUUUUCUUAUGAUCAGCACCACGUAUCGCUGCAUUAGACUUUGUUCUGAGGUAUGAUGCCAACCACUACUCUUUGACCUCAUUACAGAUGGACAGGUGUUGUGGUAUUUGCAUAACAGUAAAUAUUUGCAAAAGAGACUGUUACGUGUUGCAAAGCAUGCUGGGUCUGGUUUACCACAGAAAAUAAUCUACUGUGAAGUAUUCAGAGAUCAAAGGCACUCAAAAAAAAAAAAAGAAAUUCCCGUUUUAUAAAUAACGACAAAGCUGAAUUUUCUACGCUCAGACAAUCUUUUCUGCUUUUGAGUUUUCUCAAGUCAGAAGCGGAGAAUGUAUCCUUAGAACUCGUAGUCUGUUUAAACAGCUGAAUGUCGUUUGAUUUAGGACACAUGUAUGUGGCAACUAGUAUUUCAUUUGUUUGCCUGGUACUCAGUGUUCACAUUUAGAAAGUACUGUUUUUGAUUUUCACAUCACAGGGUAGUGUUUUCAGCAAAAUAAUACUGAUCAGUAGAUACCAAUGUUUCAACAGAAAUGUGAUCAUUCGCACUAAGCUUAAGUGUUGUGCCAUUUUAUGAUGAUUUUCUUUUCACAUUUUUACAUAUAUACCGUGUUACUGAACCACUUCAUGUUUUCAUCAGUUGGCUUACCUUACAGUAAUGUUUCGAAUGCAUUGGCUGGAGAUUUCAGAGGAAAAACAUAACAAAAUGAGAGAACAAGCACCCAACUUGCAUGUUCCGAAGAUAAAACAUCAUUUACAAGGUACUAUGUGAUUCCUCACUGCAGAAGAGAAUAUUUCAGCUCUACGCAGAUAAACCCAUUAAAGAUCUGAUCUAUACUA